AGAGGUUUGGCUUUCCUGUUGGUCGGCUGCACUUCCUGGAUCUUUUCCUGGGAUUGCGAGCAUUAUGGAGGGGCGAACCAAAAGUCACCUUUCAAGUUCGAGCCAAAAUCUAUGGAAAACUUGGGCUUACAAGGUCGGCAGCCAACGGUCUAAUUACCAUAGGUUGCAGGACUGAAGAUCGAUAGUGGGUGUCCGUUUGGAGGUGACUGUGUUCUCAACACAAUUCUCUGAAAUACCAGAAUACCUUCCUUGGCCCACGGGCUAACGGCAUGGAUAGGGUAUGUAGACUACCAGGUAUGUGUGCAGGGCUAGUUAAAGUCUAGCUACCAGUAGCUAUCAUAGAUCUGGCCAUAAUUUUUAAAGCUGGAGGCACUCAUCAUCAUCAUCAUCAUCAAAAAGAAAGAAAAGAAUCCCGACCAUGAUCUCGACUACCACUGGCAUCAUUCAUCCAAGAUGCACACUCAAGCUCUCCUUGUGGAUGCUAGUGCUCCUGGUGAUUGCGCUCGGCGACGCGGAAACCCUCCUUCAGGACGAGUUGUUGAAGGAACGCCAGGAUGUGUCCUUGAAAAAGUACCUGGGCAUGGCAGAGAUUGCCGAAGCGGGCGACGCCAAUGUCUUUGAUGACAUUCAUACUCCUCGAGACUUGCAGCAAUACGACCACACAUUCGGUGGGAAGCUCUACGAUCGGUGCUCCAUCAUUUUCCCGUGCGACGAAGGAUUGCAAUGUACCGGGAUCCCAACGCAAAAGCUGUGUUUGCCCGUCGACUGCCUCAUGGAAGGCGUCAGGGCCGAGCUGGAUGCCAAUGGUUUGGAAGCUGACUUUGCCACUGUCCUUUUGGAACAGGCAGGAUUGACCGAGGAGUCCAUGUUCAAUAGGAGUACGAUCGAUAUGGGGGACAACGCCACGGAAGAAAUGACCCAAAAAUGGUUGCUCAUGCCGGGCGUGGAACAAAAGCUUCGUGACGCCAUGGCGAGUUUGCCCCUGGAUUUGAGGAGAUUGGACGAAAUGGCAGCGGCGUGUACCAGUGGAGCGCAGCCGAGUCCUAACCAGAUUUCCGGACAACCCUGGACCUAUUUGGGCUUGAACCUGGAAGUGUCGGCUGGUUUCAAAUUCAUUUAUCAGUUCAUUUACAGCUCUCAACUCGAGAUCUCGACCGAUCCUUUGAUUGUUGCAACUUGGAGCAACAUUUGCAUUGGUGGUGGGCCUUCAGCUGGUUUCCAUACAGAGUUUAUCGUUGGCUGGAAUUUUGGAGCACAGAAUAUCACCGAAGUGGCACAGAAUUCGGUCAUGUUUGAUUACGGUGGGGCCUUCUUCGUUGGUCUCGGUCAAGCGCUGGGGUUCACUGUCGAUCCAUGUUAUUUUAGAUUGGACAUUAUGGUUGGAGUUGGUAUUGGCGCUGGAAUUUCCGCUACCUACUGCUUUGUCACUGGGUACAGUGAAAUUGUUUGAGGAUUGAAUUCAGUUCCGAAAAGACAAUCAUGGAUGUUCUUAUUAGGGAAUCAUGUAUGUACGUGGCUGCUUCCACAGACCUUUCGUUCCGGCAACAACCGGGUCAUGUUUUCAGUGGUAAUUCUUGUACGAUAAAUGUCUAGCUUCAACAACUACAAGAAGU